AUGUUGAAUCUUUUAAAAAACUAUUGCCGAUCUAUAGGUUUUUCCUUUUCUCCUUCUAAAGCACUUAUAGAUUUCGAAAUGGGAGCACUUACAGCACUCGAAGAAAUUUUUCCAACCAUUUCUGUCAAGGGAUGCUACUUUCAUUAUUGUCAAUGUAUUUUAAGACGAAUACAGGGUAAUAGGUUGACAGCAUAUAGUCGUCUUAAUCCUGAUUUUAAGAGAUUUUAUCGCAGACUAAUGGCGAUACCUUUCUUAACCGAAAUCGACAUACCAUUGGUACUGUCAGAAUUAAAUAAUGAAGUAGAGGCCUUUAAUUUAGAUCCAAUAAGAGAUCUCUUUACAUACUUUAAAAGUACUUGGAUUAACCCAAACGCUAAAUUUAAAUAUAAGAUGUGGAACAUGUAUGAUGUUCAAGGUGUUAGAACAAAUAACCAUGUUGAGGGAUUUCAUCGUUCUUUAAAAGAGUAUAUAACAUAUUCUCAUCCUAAUUUAUAUCUUUUUAUUGAUAUAUUAAAACAAAUACAACAAGAUAUGGAUAUAAAAUUUAUCCAAUUGCGUAAUGGGAAAAAAGUUACCGAAAGAAAAAAAAAUACUGUAUAA